AUGGCUGCAUACCCAGCAGCAGCCCCUCACCAGGACCCUGCAGCGCAGGGUGGUUCCGCCCCGGGGGCCCCCGGGGGCCCCCAGGGGCCCCAGGGGCCCCAGGGGGCCCCCGGCGGUGCCCCGCCAGCUCCAGCAGCAUACGGGUCCCCCAGCUACGCCUAUGGUGUUCAGGCCCCUCCCCAAGUGUAUGGGGGCCCCCAGGGGGCCCCCCAGUACCCAGCGGCGUAUGGGGCCCCCCCCCAGUACGGUGCAGCUUAUGGGGGCCCCCAGCAGUACCCUGGUGCUUAUGGGGGCCCCUAUGCGGGGCCUGUAUCUAUGGAGCUGGGGCCGCAGCAACCCGCCGCCGGCGAAAUGCAAAUAAGCGAUCAGGUCUCCGUGCAGAUUCGGCAUUCUUUUGUGCGAAAGGUUUUGGGAAUUCUCGCCAUACAAAUACUCGGUUUUGUGUGA